AUGUCGACAAGUAAACAACAACUACAAAAAUCGUCAUCAAAACAAGAAUUAAAAUCAAAGGAGAUCAUCAAAAAAAAGGAAUUGGAUGAAGAGAAUAGUAGCGGAGACGAAACUCCUCCAAAUAUUGAGGAUUUAGGAAACAACAAACCAUCAUCCUAUGCCAAGUUGGAUAAACUUGCAAUGGAAGGCUCUCCAGAUGUAAAUAAAUCUCUCCUAGAGGAGCUUGAAGCAAAGGAGAGUGAAAUACGAGAUUUAAAAGAAGUUGUGGAAGAGUUGAGGAAUACAAACCGAGAAGUAGAAGCUUUGUUUUUGGAUGUUCUUACUCAACAGGUACAACAAUUACAACAAUCGAGUCGAUCAAUAACAGUCACAAAUAAUAACAAUCUGAGACAUUUUAGUUCUAAGGUGAGGGAAAACUUAAAUGAAACCAAUUCAGGAUCUGUGGAAGAAGAGGACGGAGAGGAUGAAACAAUGAAAUUACUUAAACAAUUUAAAGAAAGGGCUGCAACUUAUGAGAAACGAAUGAAAAUGCUUAGAGAGCAAGGAGAAAAGCACAAGAAUGAAAAUUUGAAACUGAGAGCUCUUAUUCAAAAAGAAGUUGGUGAUGACUUGUCGAUUGAUUCACUUCUUACCAAUAGCGACGGGUUUAGAGGAAGAGCUCAACAAAUUUAUUUACUUAAAAAUAAGGUCAAGGAUCUCCAAAAGAAGUUAGAAUCACAAACAAUCUCUUCUCCUACAAUUUCAAAUAUUCCAAGUCCUCUCUCAUCAACAAUUAAUAGUAUAUCUCCUCAAUCAGUCUCUGCCAAUGAAAACAGCUCCAUUUCAACACUAUCUACUGUUUCUGUGGAUGAGAGGCAAAGAAAAGCAAUUGAAAAACUUGAACAAGAAAGAAGGAAUGAAGUUGUCGAUUUGAAAAAAGAAAUUACUGAAAAAGUGGAAGAAAUCAAAGCUGUCAAGAAUAAGUUGGAUGCAUCUGUGGCUAGAAACAAAAUUUUAGAAAAGACCUACAAUGAGAUUAAGGCCAAACAGGCCAGAAUGAUUGAGAAAUCCGAGAAUGACAACAAGCUUGUCGAUUUGUUGAAAGCAGAAAUUGACAAUUUAAAGAAAAGAAGGCCAAAAUCUGGAGCAUCUAUACCAUCUGCUCCACAAUUAGAGCAAGAAAUCAAAAGGCUGCCAAUUUCCAAUACCACACCGGAUGAGGAAUUAAGAUUAAAACUCACUAUUACAACUAUAGAAUUGGAAAAGUUGAAAGAACUUAAAAAAGUUACUGGAUCUAAAAUAACAGAGCUGGAGCAAAAGCUGAACGAGACUAAUGAAAUACUGAUGAAAGAACGAUUGCAAACUUCAGAACUGGAAAGAAAAUGUCAAUUCUUGAAAGGAGAAAGAAAUACGUUCGAUUAUCCUUCAACAUCACAACUCCAGGAAGAAAUAAUGCUCCUCAGAGAUGAAAAUGAAGCUCUUAAACUCACAAUUGAGCAUAGUAAACGAUCUAAGGAAGAGGAAAUCAGGACCUACCAAGAAAUUAUUGAAACACAGAAAAGAAAUUAUGAACAACACAUAACUGCACUCAAGGAUAAACUAGGAGAAUCUUCACAAUUAUCUUCGAGCUUUGAGCUACCAUCUAUUAGACAAAGAACUCCACCAAGAUUAGACCCAGAAGCACAACAAUCAGAAUUAGAAGAAGAACAGAAACGAUUACUUGAAGAAAAUGAUCAAUUGAAACGUCAAUUAGCAGAAAUCAAGAACAUGUAUAAUACACUAGCUUACUCUCAGCAACAACGAAAGAAAUUCACUCUCAAUAAAUAA